UUUCUUACAGAACCAUUGUCACUUACUUAGGAUAAACAGUUUGAGCAACAAUUCAGGUUAUGAAUUAAUGAAAUUUGUGUUUGGUUUUGUUUACUCAUUUCAUUCGGAUUUUUGCGUUUGGACAAGACAAGGAAACGAUGAUGGUCAGCAAAAUUAACAACCGUAUCUUAAAAGAUUGUCUUGUAUCGCUAUUGGUGGUGUUGGUAUGCUGUUCAAAAGUAUUAGAUUCUAGUCCUUUAAAACGAUACUGUGAUGUCUACAACCCGUUCUGCAGAUGUCCACAGUACAACAACGGAUGUUAUGAAUGCCCCGCCUCAUGCCAAACAGGAAACCACUCUUCGGUUGCGAGUACAUCAGAACAAAUCUCCUUCAGCAACUUCAAUCCUGGAGAAUUACCGACACAUGCAGCAUCUGGAGAUACAACAUCCCGUCCAGACAAUGAUCGUUCAUCGACAAGCAACGCCCCGGGAUACGGAAGCGCCGGUGGUGAUCUGGUAUGCCCGUUAAUUAGUAACUGCCCACCAAGUAUGAUCGCAAUCGACGCUAACGACUGUCCAUAUUGCUCGACUUCUGUAGCAGGUGGCUCCAGCAGACCAUUACUGAACACGAACGGUUGUCCAGCGGUAACUAUUAGACCAGAAUUUAUGACACACUGCCACAUCAACAGGAAUGGAUGUUUAGAAUGCAUGGGACUAAUUGUAACCACUACACCAUCUACUACACCAACGACUACAACAACUACUACACCAACUACAACAUCAACCACUACACUUACGACUAAACCAACCACUACACCAACAACUACACCAACAACUACACCAACGACUACACCAACCACUACACCAACUACUACACCAACAACUACACCAACCACUACACCAACUACUACACCAACCACUACACCAACAACUACACAAACCACUACACCAAUCACUACACCAACAAGUACACUAACAACUUCACCAACGACUACAACAACCACUACACCAACCACUACACCAACUACUACACCAACAACUACACAAACCACUACACCAAUCACUACACCAACAACUACAUCAACUACUAUACCACACACUUUGCCAACCACUACACCAAAAACACCAACCACUACACCAACCACUACAACAACCACUACACCAAAAACCCCGAUAACCAUCACUCCGACAUCCACACCAACACACACGUCGAUAACCAUUCCGAUAAGAACUGCGACAUCAACUUCGAUAACCUCUCCGACCACAACAACCACAACGACGACCAUUGAUGUCACACCAGAAAGGCGUUACUGCCUGCAAUGUGAGGGAACAGUGUCACCGCAUACAUGCAGUCAAGUGACUAAAUGUGGAAACACAGAAAGCUGUUUCAUCGAAUCGUUUAUCAACUCUAUGGGUGGCAUUCGGUACAGACUCGGAUGUCGUAAUUUGCAGAAGUGCGGAAUGAGAGGCAAACGAGAACAGUCAUUAAACACCGGCAAAAGAAACACUCCUUAUGUUAACGUGAUUCAAGACAGGCGAGAGGCAUCAAACAUUUCUGAUGACGUUCUUGAUGAUCCAGGAAUCUUCCCAGUUUGUUCUCAAUGUUGCAAUGAAAGUCUCUGUAACCAAGGUGGAUGCGGAGCUAAUCCCUAUCCGGACCUCACACAAGGUACGAGAGGACCGUUGUGUUUCAGCUGCCCACAGCAAAGUACGACAGAUGACUGCGACACGCUGAGACUAUGUGGAAAAAAUCAGAUGUGUAUGCUGGAACAAAUAACCAUCAGUGACAUGGUACUCUGGACAACAUCCUGUCAAGACGCAAGAACUUGCCAAAUGAUGAUGAAUACUGCAGAACUACAAUUAGAUCUGGUUCAUUUAUGUUGCACGUUUAGACUCAAACUGCACCUCGACCUGUUGCGCAUCUGAUUUGUGUAAUCAUGAGUGUCCAGUAAGAUGCCCCAUCCUUCAUUGCCAGUUGGACUGUGGUAAGCCUCCAAAGUACAAGAAAGACCUCAAUGGAUGUGACGUGUGUGUCUGUGACACAGCAUCGGGUACACACGUCCUCAUUGGAUGAAAGAGGAUAUUGGAUUGCUUGAUAGACAUUUUUAAUGUUUUGUUUGUUCGGUUCGAUGAUUGCAAAUUGUUUAAUGUCUUCACUGUUCGUUUUAAAUAACAUCAACUCAUA